AUGUCUUUCGUGGUAGCCAACGUGGCUUCUGCUAGUCUAUGUCUCAUCUGCGUAUACAUCUUGACUUGGCGAUUUCGGCGACUACGUCUGUCUCUACCUCCAGGUCCGAGACCUUUGCCAUUUAUUGGAAAUCUGCUUGAUUUACCGCGCAAGCAUGAAUGGAAGACGUUCACUCGCUGGGGGGGAAUUUAUGGCGAUGUUGUCUAUCUCACGAUAUUUGGAACGUCUAUGCUUGUCGUCAGCUCCGUUGAACCAGCAGUAGAUCUCAUGGACAAACGAUCGGCCAUAUACUCAGAUCGGCCUCGUUUCCCGCUCGUUGAUCUAAUCGGACAAGAUUGGAAUCUCGGGUUCAUGAACUAUGGAAAACCAUGGCAGAAGCAAAAGCAGGCCAUGAUGUCCAAGUUCAGCAAGACUGCGAUAACUGCUUACCGGCCGGCGCAACAUCGAGCUCUUCGUAUCCUCCUAAAAAACCUGUUGGAUAAUCCAGAUAAUUUUACGGAACACUUACGACUCUAUUCUGGUCAGCUCAUAAUUGAUGUAACAUAUGGGAUCCCAAUUUCGUCUCGAGACCACGAACUGAUCAAGACAGCUGAGGCAGUUAUGCACAGCAUCAGUGUCGCACUGUCCCCAGUCUUUUCGGUGUUCAAUCUUACUCAUCUUUUGCAAGUUCUACCCCACUGGUUAGGCGGUGGACGGUUUUCGAACCUUGUACAGAAGUGGCAGUCUGAUGCUCGAGCGCUUCAUGAGAUUCCCUUCGAUAUGGUCAAGGCGUCUAUGGAUUCUGGAACUGCAAGACCCUCGUAUGCAUCGUCGCUUCUUGAGAAUUUGAAGCCACAGGAUAGCUCGGAUGAGGAGAGUGUGGUUCGUGAUACUUCGGCGGUCGCUUACGGAGCGGGGGCUGACACUUCUCUUGCCGCGGUGUCCGUUUUCUUCCUGGUGAUGCUUCAGAAUCCCAGGGUGCAGAAGAUGGCGCAAGAUGAGCUCGACCGCAUCAUAGGGUCGUCCCGACUUCCCGAUCACGGGGACCAGCCUGAGCUUCCGUACAUCACUGCAGUUAUGAAAGAGACUCUGCGAUGGCACGCUGCAACACCACUAGGUAUAGCACAUAUGCUGACAACGGAUGACGAGUACAGAGGAUGGCAUCUGCCUGCUGGUUCUCUGAUUGUCCCAAAUGUAUGGGGAAUGCUGCGGGAUCCGAAGACAUACGACAGCCCUGCCGAGUUUCGACCAGAACGUUUCCUCCGGAAUGGCAAGCUCGAUUGUCCAGUUGACAAAGAUCCUGCGAGGAUUCUCUUCGGAUUUGGCAGGCGCGUCUGUGUGGGCAGGCACUUCGUGCAAGAUGCGAUGUUCCUCCUCAUCGCCCAGGUUCUCUCUGUUUUCACGAUCUCGACAAUCGACGGCGGUUCUCCCUCGAAGGUGGAUAUGACUUCGGGUGGUGUUUCGAUGCCGAUGCUUUACAAGUGUUUGAUUCGACCACGUUCUGAGAUCGCGAAGAGGGUACUCGAGGAUGAUAUCCUGAGCGCAGACGAUGUCUGA